CCGACCUGACAAACAUCAUUACCUCAAGUACAUGUAUGAAGAUAUGAAUAGUGUGACCCUACUUUAUAUACAACAAGAGAUAUGAAAAAUUGUGUAUACAGGUAACACUGAUUGGAACUAGGAGUUGAAAAGAGGAGGUGGGAUUAGAAAGAUCAAUAAAAGCUUCAAGGAGCCAAAGAAGCUAGAAACCUGGAGCCCUGUGUCACUGUCUGACACUGCUAGGAUUCUGAACUACCUGCCAAUCGUCCAUCUCUGGAUCCUUUCCAUGCAGACUCAUGAGGAUGAGAAGCCCCCACCCCCCGACACACACACACACAAACACACUCCAGGAGCUGGCAGGGCACAGCCUCCUGAAGGACAAGUCCAGAGCCCUCCUGGAUCUGGAGGACCUGCCUAUAGAGCUCUUCCCACCACUCUUUGUGGAGGCCUUCAGCAGUGGACACACUGAGGUCCUAAAGAAAAUGGUGCAGGCCUGGCCCUUCAUCCGCCUGCCCCUGGGGGCCCUGAUGAGGAAGCCACAGCUGGAGAUGAUCCAAAUUGCACUGGAUGGGCUGGACAUGCUGGCUGCCCAGCAGGAUCGCCCCAGGAGGUGGAAACUGCAGGUGCUGGAUUUGCGGAAGGUUCAUGGGAACUUCUGGAGGAUGUGGUCUGGAGCUGUGGUCAAUGCCUGCUCACCAGAGGACAUGAAGGAGAGGCAAACAGUGACAGCCCCUCCAGAGACAGGGCCCACUCUGCCCUUGAGGGUAAGCCUGUGCUUUCAGCAAAGACCCCUGAAUGCAUUCCUCUCCUUCCUCUUUCACAUCAAGAGGAUCUUGGAGAGGUUGGGUCUGGACUUUAUCCAGCAAGUGGAAGUGUCUGCCUAUGCUUCCCAGGAGGAGAAAGAUCAGUUGAUGGAUGAUAUUACCUCACAGUUUGCAAAGAUGGACAGCCUCCAGAGGCUGUACCUGGAUGAUCCAGACUGGAAUAAUAUGUCUAUGUAUCCAAACCUUGAUCAGCGAAUACACCUGACGCUGUGGGGCAUCAAAUUGACCAGUUUCAGUCCUGAGCCCCUCAUAAUUCGGCUAGAGAAUGCUGCAGCCACCCUUGAGACUCUAAACUCACAGGACUGUGGGAUCACCAACUCCCAGCUCCAGGCCAUCCUACCUGCCCUGAGCUGCUGCUCCCAGCUCAGGGUCUUGAGCUUCCAUGGGAAUGACAUCUCCAUGUCGGUCCUGAGCAACCUGCUGCUUCACACUUCCAGGCUGAGCCAGUUGAGCCUAGAGAAGUACCCUGCCCCUCUGGAGAGCUAUGAUGCCCAGGGUGCCAUCCACCCAGGGAGAUUUCUCCAACUCUAUGAUGAGCUGAUGGAGAUACUGAGGGAUGUGAGAGAGCCAAAGGACUUCCUUUUCCAUACUAAACCCUGCCAUAGAUGUGGCAACCGGUUUGUCUAUUACCUGCCCUCCAGUCCGUGUCGCUGUUGGCUGCCUGCCUAG